AGCGCGAACUCUCAUAAGUGCAACCGUGUGGACUCUGAUGCGAAAGACAGCUGUUCUACUGUCCACAUCGCUGCCUCGUUGAAAAAUCUAGCAAAAUGAAAGGAAUAAUUUUUGCUUUAGUGUUUUCUGUCAACAUUCCAAUUUGCAUUGGGAGAAAUGUUCAGGCCUUGCACGCGUAUGAUUAUGUACACAAACCUGGUCUUUCAAGCAGAGAACUCAAAUUGGCGGACGAAGGGAGACCAAGUGAAACGACCCAGUUACCUGUUGUGUGUGAAGAUGAUCCAAACUAUGCAGAUGGCUGCCCUCGGAAAGCUGCCGUUACAAACUAUUGCACAGAACAAGAGGAGUUUAUGAGGAGGCAUUGCGCAAAGUCGUGCAAAUUUUGUUCGGAGGCGUCGACUGCACAACCCACAACUGAGGCGAUAAAGCCACCAGCACCAGCGGCAACUACUGGACACACUGAGAAGCCACUUAAACCUGGAGAAGUUGGAUGCGCAGACAAUCCAAAGUUCAAAGAUCCAUGCGCAGACAUUGCUUCGACACCAGGCUUAUGUCAAGAGCAGGAAGACUUCACGAGAAAGAAUUGCAAAUCGUCAUGUGGAUGGUGUGGGAGGGAGAGUGAAAAGCCCACGUCACCUGUUGUGUGUGAAGAUGAUCCAAACUAUGCAGAUGGCUGCCCUCUGAAAGCUGCCGUUACAAACUAUUGCAGAGACCAAGAGGAGUUUAUGAGGAGGCAUUGCGCAAAGUCGUGCAAAUUUUGCAAGGGAGCAUCGACUGCACAACCCACAACUGAGGCGAUAAAGCCACCGGCACCAGUGGUUUGUGAAGAUGAUCCAAACUACGCUGAUCGCUGUCCUGAGAAAGCCGCCGUAAUUAACUAUUGCAAUGACCAAAAGAAGUUUAUGAGGAAACACUGCGCUAAGUCGUGCAACUUUUGCGGAGAGGCGUCAACUACUCGACCCACUGAGAAGCCACUUAAACCUGGAGAAAUUGGAUGCGCAGACAAUCCACAGUUCAAAGACCAAUGCGCGGACAUUGCUUUGACACCAGGCCUUUGUCAAGAGCAGGAAGACUUCACGAGAAAGAAUUGCAAAUCGUCAUGUGGAUGGUGUGGUUCACCAGCAACAAAGCCUCCUAUUCAGGAAAUCUGCGACGAGGAUGCACCAAAGUGGAGACACAAAUGCCCAAUAUGGGCCGCGAUGGGGGAAUGUGAAAUUCGGAAGAAGUUUAGAUUCUAUGAACAUUACUGCCCAAAGUCUUGCAAAUUUCCAUGCAAAAAAGAGCCAACUGUGAAUCCCAACGCGACAAAGCCGCCUUCACCUCCAGCUUUCUGUCGCGACCGAGACAGAAAUUGCGAGUGGUGGAAGUCAUUUGGAAUGUGUGAAAAUCACGGAAGAAAUUCCUCCAUGGCCGUUUACUGUGGAGUGACCUGCGGCUUUUGCAAAGCACCUACCCCAGAGGAAUGUUAUGACAAGGGAAACAAUUGUCAGGAGUUGAAGAAUGCCGGACUGUGUAGCUCCACUCGACCUGAUAUGGAGUAUGAAGUCAAGACAAACUGUUUGCAAACAUGCGAGUUCUGUGUUCCUAAUGGUGGUCCUUGAGGAGUGACGCAGAUCCCAAAGAAACUCAGGAAUUCUAAGCGUGUUUCAUACACAACACGUUAUUCCCUCCGCGCUGCAAAAGCUGUAGAAUGUUAACAUUUCAGAACUAGACGGUAGACUCUGAAACGCUGCUGCAAUAAUGUAACGAAAAGCCACAAUAAAAUGCUGAUAAAAAGACAAAAAAAGACCGUGAGAUAUGUGUCCAGCG